UGGACAGAGGUAGUGGACAGAAAUAAAGAGAAAGACAAAGACAGACUUAGCCUUCAGGCUCUCUUUUAAGUCUUAUAUAAGCGAAAGCGGCUAAGGUUAUCCAUAUCUCUACCAAAGCGGUCUUCCCCCAUACAACUCCACAAGUCAGGACUGAGCAACAUCAUUUUACCUUUCAGAAUCCCCAUUAAAUUUGUUUACAAAGUUCCAUAAAAUAAACAAAGAAGAUCUUCAAGUCAAUCAAAAAGUGGCAAUACAAUUACGAAUCUGAAAAUAAGUGUGGAGAGUGCAAUUGUUGUUGCGAGUCAGCGACCGUCUUCACAAGCUGGAAACAAUCAGUACAAUCAGUACAAUCCAUCCAACAACUUCCCACGACCUACCUCUUUCAGCAGCCUCCGAUCUUCAAUUUAUAUUAGCAGAAGUAAUGAGAAUUGAAAGCGCAACAUCUGCAAGAUCGAUAAUUACUCGCGCGUAAAAAAUAAAGUCAUCGGAGAAGUAAUUGAAGACGAAUCCACCUUGUACACACGACCGAUCCUUCUAUUGUGCCCACGCAACGCAACAACAAGAUGUCGAAUACUCAAGUCGGAAAUGUUUACCAGCAGAUUAUCGCAGAUGUAGUGGAUAGCUCCAGAGUCGACUUCGAGGAGGGAGGAGUUGAUGAAGCAGUGUUGGAGGAAUUGAGAAAGGUACGUUUCUUUAGACUUCUUUCCCCUCUUCCUACCGUUUCGAGGGUUUGCGAUCGCAUUUUCGACAACAUCUUUUCAAUUCAUUUCUUUAUUUGCUUUUCUUCUUUGACGAUUGUUCAUCUUCGAAUGGUUUUGAUUUCGAUGAACAUUAAUAUAUAUCACUGUGUUGGGAUGUUGCUGUGAUGAGGAUCUUUGUUGCUGCUUAACUGAUGCCUGUGCACAAUCGGGCCAGUUUUGCGGGUGGGCGAUCCUCUGUAUUUGGCUUUAUACCCUUGAUACUCAGCCUCUCGGUUGUGAAAAGGCUUUUCUUGCACUAGUCUAUACACACUAGUCUCUUUCGGUCUUUUGUAUCACGUGGUACUCGAGAGACAUUGUGUGCUUCCGCAACAUAUGCAGUAGCAAGUAGUUCACUUCAUUGCGGCUUUGAACAUAGUCUCAUUUUUUCAAAUGAAUAUUUUCAACCUCCUAAAUUCGCAAGAUAAGUUAGUAGGAAAUGUUACUAAUCCGCUACAAAGGGAUGGCAAACCAAGUUGUCACAACUUCAAGUUGCUUUGUUUCCUUGGGAUCCAAAGCCUGAUCAGCCUAUGCAAAAUCCCCCUAUGGUACCUUCAAACUAUCAGCAUACAGGCAUUCCUCCCGGUCAACCAAUAUAUCAAACUCCAAUGCCUAAUGGACCUCGUAUUAAAACCGAACCUGGUAUGGAGAACUCAGGCUUCAUGCCCGUCCCUAUGUCACAGCCACCUCCUCAAAAUCCUCUUAUGACUAUGCCCAAUGCUACACCUGCUCAACAACGUGCUGCUCAAAAUCUUCAUGCAUCUUAUGGACAGAGAGCCGCUGCUUCGAUUCAGUCCAUUCAAGGAGGAGGUGGUGCACCGCAGCAGCAACCUAUGUCCCAACUGACCCCUCAACAACAAUCUCUGCAUGCGCAACAGCAACAACAACAUUUACAGAUGCAAUCAAUGCAGCAGCAACAGCAGAGACCAGUUAGCAGCUUACCUCCUCAAUCCCAGCCACAACAGCCACAAGGACAACCUCAGAGUCAGCAAAGUCAAGCAGCUGCAGCUGCUUAUAGACAAAGCAUUGCAGCUCAACAGGCUCAACAGUUACAGCAACAGCAGCAGAGACUUCAAAAUGCUCAAAAUACUCAAAAUGCUCAGAAUGCUCAGAACCCUCAGAAUAAUCAGAACGGUCAAAAUGGCCAAGCUGCACAAGCCCCUCAGAAUCCUCAAAAUCCCCAGGGUGGAGUUGGAAGUGCACAAACCGAUGGGGCUGGUGACGAUUCUGAUGAAACUAUUGGGGUUGCCAAGCAAUUUGAUUCACAAGGAAAUGAGAUUGCCAUGGGCCGGGUCGAAAUUGACAAUCUUAUCCGCAGCAAGAUUGAAUCCAUGGGUAAGGCUAUGGAAGGUGGUGGUCUAAUGCUUCCCCUCAAAGAAGCCAAUAAAAUCUCCUCAGCCAAGCGCCAGCGUAAGAUCUUACCAGGCUCAUUGUCACAAACAGAUGGUCCCGGCUCUGACGAUGACGACGAUAAGCUUAAGGAUGAAUUAGAUGAGGAUGCAAUUAAUUCUGAUUUGGAUGAUCCUGAUGACGCGUUGAAUGAUGAUGAGGAUGAGGAUGAGGGUAUGGGUCAUAUUAUGCUUUGUAUGUAUGACAAAGUGCAACGAGUCAAAAACAAGUGGUAUGUCCUCUAUCCCUUUACUUACCCCUAAUUUUCAUCUACCUUUCUUAUAACGUACCCAUGCUAACAAAUUCCACAGGAAGUGUGUCAUGAAAGAUGGUGUCCUUACCGUCAAUGGAAAGGAAUACGUCUUCCAUAAAGCCACCGGAGAAUACGAAUGGUAAUUUCUAGAGUUCAGCAUUCUUGUUCCAAAACUCGUUUUUGUCUCUACUCUCAGGCCACCAUAACGCCUCGAAAUGACAGCUACCAAGGUCUCUCAAUAAUGACCAUCUUUUCCAUUUCACUUCAUACGCUCAACCCGUCAUACCCUUCAUACCUCACAAAAUCACCUCGAGAUUUUAGACGAUCUUCUCUCUUUCCAUCUCCCUCUUUUCCUCCCUCACAUUUCGUGGAUAUAGAUGGAUGGAUGGAUCUGUGGAUGCAUGAUAUUGAAUAUCAAGAUAAACCGACCGGUCACCCGCGGACGAGAGGAUUCUUUGAGCAUUUGCAUUUCAGCGAUCACGCAAUCAAACAUAACACAAUGAAAAUAGGAGAUAGCAUUAAAAAAAAUUGAAUAAUAAUAUCUAUCUAUUUAUCUAUCUAUCUAUCUAGCCCUCCAUGAUAA